UUCAGGACGACUGAUACGUCUGGACUCCGGUAAAAAAAAAAAUCAACCUGAAUUUGUCUGGUUUGGGAUUCAAAUGUCGACAGAUACAAGACGGACAGACCCAAAACGAUUUGAGACGUUAACUGAAUAAUUCUAACGAGGACAAUAGUUUCGAUUGAAUCAAAAGUGUAUCUUUUGCUUGUUUCAAACGUCAAAUCCUCCUUCUGUUGUGCCCUGAUUCAAGCGUUUGACAGGCAUUUCUUGAUUGAGGCGUAUCUGAAACAUGGUGGAAUAUAUCGAUUCGCUAUAGCCUAUAGGCAGUUCAGGUGAUUUAUCGGUGAUUUAUCAGUAGGCAGAGUGAAAAGUUAGCAGAAUGGCCGACUCGGAAGAACAGGUCAUGAAGUUUUGUGGCAACUGCAAAAAAGAUAUAUCAGCUGUCAAUUUUGUGAUGCAUGAAGCCCACUGUUUCCGUCACAUUGUCUUGUGUAAGAACUGUGAAGAACCCAUACCGAAAGCAGAAGUUGAGCAACACUUCCGAGAUCAGCAUGAAAAGAUUCCAUGUGAGAAAUGUGGUCAACAAGUAGAGAAAAUGCAUCUGGAACAGCAUGAGAAUGAUGACUGUCCUAAAAAGCCACAGAAAUGCCUGUACUGUGAUUUAGAGUUUCCCAAGUCUGAUUUAAAAACCCACUUGGACUACUGUGGGAGUCGCACAGAGCAGUGCCCCAAGUGUUCACAGUUUAUUUUGUUCAGAGAUCAACUGCAGCAUGAGGAAACUGAUUGCUCCUAUCCGGUCCCCAAACCAACCCCUGACAACAGCUCAGCGACCGACAUGUUCAACUUUUUUGGGGACUCCGCACAAUCAAGCGUGCCUUUCGGAAUUCCUCAUGCAGGCUAUGGUCAGCUCAGUCCUCAGGAACACAUUAGUCCCUUUGUCCUGGAUGAAAUGAACAGGUUCCUGAACAACCGUCCUGUGGCACCUCAUGUACUGGGCUCAAACAUGUCAGACUUGGUGGGACAUCCCAGUAGCUACUUCCAACCUUUGGAAAGGCGGAAUGAAAUCAGUCAACCGAAGCGUAACAAUUUUGACACCUGGCAAUCCAGACCUGGUCCAGAACAGUUUGUUGAUGCGGAAGACCUGACCUCACCAUCUGGCUCAGCUGAUGGGAACCUGGACUACUUAUUAGCGCUUCAUUUAGCCCAAGAUCUCAACUCUGCUGACGGUCACCAGGACUCCAUCAACACAUAUGAGGGUGACGACAGGUGGGAACCGCUUGUUGAAACAACUCAGCACUUAUCCUUGACAGAGUUGUCUCCCUCGUCACGUACAGACGACUUCUCAACAGUCCCUGACAGCACAGUGGAGGAGGCAGAAAUCCCGUGUGAGUUUUGUGGGGAGCCGUUACCAGCAGACAUGGUUGUACAACACCAGAGUGGUUGUGAGUUUCAUCUGUCCUCGAGUCACUCAGACAGUGAGUUAAGGGACAGAAGUCUCCCUUCGGAUAUCAACAGUUCUCGUCCGCUCCCCAACCAGCCUCCUGUACAGAUUCCGAUAGUUAACAACCUCAGCUUUACAGGAGCACCAAUGAGAGGUGCUGAUAUUCCAGACAGACUGGAGCACGAGGAUACCAUGUUACCAUGUGAAUUUUGUAAAGCUUUACUUCCUCUGGACUUCUUGGUUCAACACCAGGCUGUGUGUGAGGCUGAAGGGGCUCCCAGACCUGACACCCCUGACGCUCCAGGCCCAGCAGUCCAGGCUAAGGUGAAAAACAACAACAUCACCAGAAAAGAGAAGGUGUCCAACAUUGCCAGAUCAUCAAAUGCACCAAGAUCUCGGUCAAGCCGGCACCAAGAAGAUCCCAAGUUGCAAAUGUUUAACUGUAAUCCUGGUGGGAGAGAAAAAGCAACAAAGGCAGUAAAUUUGAGAAAUAUGCCAGUUGCAGGUAGCACUAAUGGUGCAAAAAGGGCGACUACACAGCCGUCGUUUUUGAUGAAGAUGAAGGUCAACAGAGAGACAUUGCCAUCUCAGCCUGUUACAAGACGCCGUCAACCACUCAGCCAGACUGAAAAUAUCUCGUCACAUGACUCAGGUCAGAGGUCACAAGCCCAUCCGCAUGAAGAACUGCCCUCAAGCAGUAUCCAUCACAACAUUUCUGAUGAAGAUUUACUGGGAGAAAGUUCUGCUUCUGCAGCAGUGAAGCCCAAACUGGUGCCAUCCCAUAAAGCAGUGAAACAGAGAAAUAAUCGAGAAAAACAAACAGGAGGUCAACGGACACUUCUGGGAGAAGGUAGAUCGACAAGGACAUCAAGACAGAGAGAAGGAAGUGAUGAAGGAGCAGCCAAUGGGAUGUCAUUCCAGCCUUCUGUAAGAGGCUUGUCAUCAAGGCAACCACCAAGUAGCUCAUUGGUUAGGCAGUCAGUGAGUAACACGUCGGCACGAGAAGCACAGAGUAACUCAUCUGUAAGACAUCCAGGGAGCACUACGUCUUCAUCAAACCCUAGAAGAAGCGGGAAUCAAGUUUUUUCCGGGCCAACCAAGAGAACAACCCCUAAACGGCGGCUGCCUGACCCUCCAUCUUAACCUGAGCGGAUAUUUAAAUAGCUUUCUGAUGUAGCCAAUCACCAUUCCACAGUUGUCUAGGAUUUGGCCUAGAUACAUGUAGGCCAGCCUGAUGUGACGGAAGUGCUAGGUUUAAUUCAGGAGGUAAAAGAUGUUCAUUGUUGGCUAGAGACGCUACUCACUGGAUAAGAUGGACAACUGGGACCUCAUUGGUUACAGAAUCCACGAAAAAAUGACUGUCUGCUGUUAUAUCCCAGAGUACAAAUGAACCAAACAGACUGUUACAGAUUGCACUUUUGCAAAGCUUCUUUGUUCACAUGUAUAUUAAUGUCCAUUGUUCUCCAGGCCCUAGUGGCAAUAAGCUUCACUUGUGUGGUCUUGCAUGAUGUUCAUGAGAGACUACUUCCAUAUGACCUAAAUGAACAUGUAUGUCAAAAGUCAAUGGUUUUCUUUGGGCACCCCGGUUUCCACUGCUGUUGUGGGUGGAAAGCUCUUGAGUAAAGUGUUAAACAGCAAUCAAAUGUGUAAAUGAACUAUAUUUAUGUAAUGAUAAUCACAGUGAUUUACAGGUUUAGAAAGAAAUUAACAAGAGCCAAAUGGAAAUGAAAGCGCGUUUUGUAUAAGGGCAGACAACUCUUUCUUAAUACAUGCUGGAUUGAAACACUGAUCCUGUUUGGUGAAGGGCAGGUGCUUUUAACUGUAGCACUGAUGAAGUCUUAGGCCACAAGCUAGCAAGGGCUGAAGUUUUAUCUGUGAUUCUUGUGCCUGAGAACAAAUGAUAUGAUCUCCUUGAGAUGUAAAUUUACAUUUGUCAUACUUUCUUAUAUUGUAAGCUUUUAAUUCCAUAGACCAGCUUUAUUUGCAAAGGCAGAUUAACAGCUACAUUGUACAAAGGUGUGUAAAAUUUAGAGAGUGACUUUGUGAUCGUGGCGUUUAGCACGCCAACACAGCGCAAUGACCCAGGAGCCUCUCACCAAUGCAGCGGCUUUGAGUUUAAGUCCAGCUCAUGCUGGCUACCUAUUUAUUUACAGAAGUUCCUAGAAAUUUGUGGGAAAUUGAGGAUCACACACUUUUACACCUGCUUUCAACAUCAAGGUUGUAUGGAUGACAAAUGUACAGGUGCAUGCACUGGCUGUCUGCGACAAGUCCACCAGGAAGGUACCACUAGUAUUAGUCUACUAGUAUGCAUAGGCUCAGGCGAAUGAAGGUUGUUCAUAGAAGACCACUUGUCUUCUACCAAUACAGUGUGCAUAGGUGUUCAUUUGUAACAAAGGUACUCCUGUGUCCUCCACCUGUAACAUGGACUGCCUUGGUAGAAGUGAAAAAUCCUUAGCCUGGUUUUAAGCAACAAUCAAAUAAAUACAUGUAAAUACAGAACCUCAAAACUGUAUAGCUUGAAUUAAUAUUGGAUGGCUAACUUGAACACUUCUAAUGACAAAUCUGUAAUACAUAUAAGAGUUGAAAAAUUGUGUGUACUAAAAUGACUUGACAGACAGUACACCCAUCAGUUUGAAUAAAUGCAUUAUAAACUUUUCAGUUGUUAUCAUUAUUCUGCGUAGAAUAGUAAAGAAUUUAAAGAAUCACUGACAAUGUCAUUGUUUCCUCAAGACUAUGAAGGUGCAUAAAUUGAAAAGUUUUAGAAUAGGAAAAAAAAAAAGAGAGCACCUUUGAGACCGACAAAACUGCUGCUCAAAGUCACCAUGGUUACUGUUGCUAAGUAACAGAUUUCUGUUUUUUUUCUACCAGAAUUUCAUUGCAAAUGAUAUGUAAAUAUAUAUAUGUAUUCAGUAUGUACAUAUGUAAUUUUAUCAUUUGACUUCAUUUUGUUGCAUCUGUACAAGUGUAUUUAUUACACUAUGGAGUUAAAAUGGAAAUGAUAAACUAUUUAAUCAUACGUGUAUAUAUGCAAAAAAAAAAAAAAAAAUUAAGGUAUGGCAAAGCUUUCAUAUUACACAUUCAUGUAUAUCGGUUGAUGAAA